AUGGUGGCAGCGGAGGAGAGUAAAGCGUUUGCGCUGCUGGAGGAUCUACUGGCGAGGGAGGAGUUUGAGAAGGCCUUUAAAGCGGCUUGCAAACUACCAGUAAGCCCGGAGCAAACGGAGGCCCUCGUCUUCGCUGCUCUGCAGAUCGGCAGAUGGGAAGACGCCAGAGCAGCAAUACGAAGACUGCGGCAGCAGCAGCAGCAGCAGCAGCAGCAGCAGCAGAAGGCAGCAGCAGGUGGUGCUGCUGCACCUCCAUUGCUGCUGGAAGAAGCAUAUUGCCUCUACAGACUUAAUAAACCGCAGAAGGCUUUGCUGCUGCUAGCAGAGCUGCAGCAGCAGGAGCAGCAGCAAUAUAAUGCUGCUGCUGCAACCCGCCUCCACGCCCAGGUGGAAUUGUUGGUUGCGAAUUAUCUGUCUUCUGCUGCCUGCAUGCUGCAAGCCGAGGCUGCGAGCAGCACCAGCAGCAGCAGCAGCAGCAGCAGCAGCCUUUCUCAUCCUGCUGCAGUUGCUGCUGCGCUGAAGCACAACUGCAGCAGCAGCGCCACCUUCGAGCUUCCUUUUAAUGGUGCUGCUCUCGCCGAGCAGCAGCAAGAUGAUGCAACAGCAGCAGCUUUGCUGCAGCGAGCCCUCCAGUUGUGUGCAGCAGAAGCUGGAGUUCGUGAGGAAGAUGCGUUGAGGUGUAUAGACAGAGGAGAGUUAGCUGGCGUGCUGGUGCAGCAAGCGGCGCAGCAGCAGCAGCACGGCAACACUGCAGCAGCAGAGCAGGUAUACGCAGCGGUCCUUGCUGCUGCGGAGCAGCAGCAGCAGCAACAGCAGCAGGAGAUCGAUGUGGGGGUUGUUGCUGUUGCUGUUACAAAUGCUUUCGUUGCCGGCCUUCAGAACGAGGAGACGCAGCAGCAGCAGCAGCAGCAGCAGCAUGACUUGGAGGCGCUGAUACGCGGAGCAACCAAAGGGGCAUCAGAGACACUCGAGCACAAACUCACCACCCCACAGGCGCUGGGUAUUGGAGUAAACCGCUGCUUAGGCCUCUUGAAGUGUGGGCGGGUAGAGGAGUGCCGGCGUCUUGUGACGUCUCUCAUUUCUCGCUUUGGGGACUCUGUCUCUUUGCUGCGAUUGAAAGCAGCAAUUCAGGUAUAA